GGCGGGGGGAGGAGGAAUCAGGAAGCAACGACCGCAAGCGAGCGUCCAGAGAGGCCGUGCGGGCCGCCAUGGCCGCCGGCUAACGACGCCCUGCCCCGUCCUCGCCUGCCUCCCUCCCUCCCUCCUCGCCUGGGCGGCGGCGGCGGCAGCAUGAGGUCGGUGGUGGGCUUCCUCUCCCAGCGCUGCCUGCGGGGCGACCCCCUGCUGACCCAGGACUUCCAGCGCAGCCGCCUGCGGGGCUGCCGCAACCUCUACAAGAAGGACCUGCUGGGGCACUUCGGCUGCGUCAACGCCAUCGAGUUCUCCAACAAUGGGGGCCAGUGGCUGGUGUCGGGAGGAGAUGACCGCCGGGUUCUGCUGUGGCACAUGGAACAAGCCAUCCACUCGAAGGUGAAGCCCGUCCAGCUGAAAGGAGAGCAUCAUUCAAACAUCUUCUGCCUGGCCUUCAACAGCGGAAACACCAAGGUGUUCUCCGGAGGAAAUGAUGAGCAAGUUAUCCUCCAUGAUGUUGAAAGCAGCGAGACCUUGGACGUCUUUGCUCACGAAGACGCGGUGUACGGCCUGUCGGUGAGCCCGGUGAACGACAACGUGUUCGCCAGUUCGUCGGACGACGGCCGGGUCCUCAUCUGGGACAUCCGAGAGUCUCCCCACGGAGAACCCUUCUGCCUGGCAAACUACCCGUCCGCUUUUCACAGCGUGAUGUUCAACCCCGUGGAGCCGAGGUUACUGGCCACCGCCAACUCCAAGGAGGGCGUGGGACUCUGGGACAUCCGGAAACCUCAGAGUUCCCUGCUCCGCUACGGCGGGAACCUGUCCCUGCAGAGCGCCAUGAGCGUCCGGUUCAACAGCAACGGGAGCCAGCUGCUCGCCCUGCGCCGCCGCCUGCCGCCCGUCCUCUACGACAUCCACUCCCGCCUCCCCGUCUUCCAGUUCGACAACCAGGGCUACUUCAACUCCUGCACCAUGAAAAGCUGCUGCUUCGCCGGAGACCGGGACCAGUACAUCCUCUCAGGCUCUGACGACUUCAACCUGUACAUGUGGAGAAUCCCCCCGGACCCGGAAGCGGGUGGCGUGGGCAGGGUGGUCAAUGGAGCUUUCAUGGUGCUGAAAGGCCACCGGUCCAUCGUAAACCAAGUGCGAUUCAACCCACACACCUACAUGAUCUGCUCCUCGGGCGUGGAAAAGAUCAUCAAGAGCAGUGGACUGAAGAAACCAUCGAUCUGGAGCCCGUACAAGCAGCCGGGCUGCAGCGGGGACCUGGACGGACGCAUCGAGGACGACUCCCGCUGCCUGUACACCCACGAGGAGUACAUCAGCCUGGUCCUCAACAGCGGCAGCGGCCUGUCCCACGACUACGCCAACCAGUCGGUCCAGGAGGACCCCCGCAUGAUGGCCUUCUUCGACUCGCUGGUGCGCCGCGAGAUCGAGGGCUGGAGCUCGGACUCGGACAGCGACCUGAGCGAGAGCACCAUCCUGCAGCUGCACGCCGGCGUCAGCGAGCGCUCGGGCUACAGCGACUCGUCGUCCUCCGCCUCGGCCCGCCGGUCCCCGCCCUCGCCCCCCGCCGCCGAGGAGGAGGAGGAGGAGGAGGAGGAGGAGGGGGGCCCCGCGGCCCCGCCGGGCUCCCCGCCCCCGGUCCGGGAGGACGCGGCCUCGCGGCAGCAGCGGCUGGCGGCCCUGCGGCGCUACCAGGACAAGCGCCUGCUGGCGCUGUCCAACGAGUCGGACUCGGACGAGCACGCGCGCGAGGCGGAGCUGGACGCCGACCUGUUCCCCCGGCCCCGCUCGCCCAGCCCCGAGGACCCCGGCUCGAGCAGCACGGGCGGCGGCGGCGCGGGCGGCGGAGGCAGCAGCACGGAGGACGAGGAGGAGCUCAACGAACGCCGGGCCUCCACCCGCCAGCGCAACGCCCUGCGCCGCCGGCAGAAGCCCCCCGCCCCCGCCCGGGACGACCGGCCCGGGGCCUCGGCCCAGCCCGCCUACGUGGGCGAAGACAACUACGACUACCCGCAGAUCCGGGUGGACGACCUGUCCUCCUCCUCUUCCUCCUCCCCGUCCUCCUCGUCCUCCUCCUCGCGGGCCUCGUCCCCGGAGCGCGGCCCCUCCGGGGCGGCGUUCCGCCCGGGCCGGGCGUCCCCGUCCUCCGACGUGGAGUCGGUCGAGCGGAAGAUCUACAGGGCCUACAAGUGGCUCCACUACUCCUACAUCUCGUACUCGGCCGCCGGCAGGGACGGCGAGGCCUCCCGGACGGCCGGGGGCGACGCCGAGGAGGAGGAGGACGACGGGGAGGACGGGACGCCCGGGCCCAGCGGUGAGGGGAGCCGUCCGGCCCCUCCGCCCUCCGGGCAGGAAGGGGGUCCGGGCGCGGACCCGGCCCGAGGCGGCCGGGACGGCGACGGCCUCGGGGAAGGCGGCCCGAGCGGGGAGCGCGACGCCCCGCCUCCGCCCGAGCCCGCGGAGCCCUCCUUCGAGGCCAGGAAGCUCAACGGCAAAGCACUUUGCAAGGGGUUCGGGGGCCGGGCGGAGGAGCCGCCGCCGCCGUCGCCGCGGCAGCCCUCCCCGGCGCCCCCCAAGGCCUCCUGCUCCACCCUCGGGGCCCCCGGCGGCCCCGGCCCCCGGCCGCGGACCCGGGCCGACGACCGGGAGGAGAGGGCCCCGGAAACCGCCUGCCUCAACCACAACAACGGACGCUUCCACCCGCGUCCCCCGCACCCCCACAACAACGGACCGACUCUGGGGGAGCAGGAGGCGGCCCGCCCCGACGCCGACCGGGGGACCCCGCCCCCGCCGGGGCCGCUCUCGCGCAGGGACCGCCCCCGGCCCGACUCGGACCGCGAGGUUCCCGGCCCCGGGCCGAGGGAGGACCCGGCGGAGGCCGGCCCGGCCGCCCCCGGCGGACUCAAACGGGCCCGAGCGCAGCCGGAAGACACGGAUUUGGAGAAUCCCUGCUCAGAGAAGAAGCUGAAAACAUGAUAGGUACCAAAAACACACGCACACACACAAAAACACACACACCCCCUCUCCCCGCCCCCCACACGCGUCCCCCACCCCCAAUCCUA